AUUUGUAGGAGAGGGAGUAGCUGUUCAUCUUUUUCGGACACGGUCCCAAGUAGCGGGUUGUACGUUCUCUGCGAAUGAUUUUGGGUGUAUACUACUUAAUCGAUAGGUCAUCUAAAGCAUCGACAUGCCUGGGAUAGAAAAAUUACCGAUCGAGGACACUUUGGAAGAUAGUCCACAGACUCGUUCUCUUCUUGGUGUGUUUGAGGAAGAUGCGGCAGCCAUAUCCAGCUAUUCCCAUCAGCUUUUUCAAGCCAUGCAGAGAAUCUAUGAUGCAGAGAAUGAGCUCAGCGCUGCCACUCAUCUCACUUCAAAGCUCUUAAAAGAUUAUGAGAAACAGAGAUUCCCACUAGGUGGGGAUGAUGAAGUCAUGAGUUCCACUCUGCAGCAGUUUGCCAGAGUCAUUGACGAGCUCAGCUCAUGGCACGCAGUCCUCUCCACCCAGUUAGCGGACGCUAUGAUGUUUCCCAUCACUCAGUUUAAGGAGCGAGACCUGAAAGAAAUCCUAGCUCUCAAGGAGGUGUUUCAGAUCUCCAGCAGUGACCAUGAUGUGGCCAUCAACAGAUACAGCCGCCUGUCCAAGAAAAGAGACAAUGAGAAGGUGAAAAGUGAGGUGAUGGAGGAUGUGUAUACGUCCAGGAAGAAGCAGCACCAGACCAUGAUGCACUACUUUACGGCCCUCAACAGCUUGCAGUACAAGAAGAAGAUUGCACUGCUGGAGCCCCUGCUGGGCUACAUGCAGGCACAGAUCAGUUUCUUCAAGCUGGGAUCUGAGAAUCUCUCACAACAAUGGGUGGAUUUCCUCAAUAAUAUCGGCACUAGUGUCCAGAAUGUGCGGAGAGAGAUGGAUGGAGAAAUUGAUAACAUGCAUCAGACCAUUCAAGACCUUGAGGAGGGAAGUGACAUCUUGUAUAUGCCAGACCCAGACCCAAAUAAAAUCCCUAUCGACCGCACGCUUACCAGGAAGGCUGGAUAUCUUAACAUGCGCAAUAAAACAAGCUUAGUGAGCUCAACAUGGGAUCGACAAUACUUUUUCACCCAGGGAGGGAACUUGAUGAGCCAGUGUCGAGGCGACGUUGCAGGUGGGCUGGUAAUGGAUUUGGAUAACUGCUCGGUGAUGGCUGUGGAUUGUGAGGACAGACGUUUCUGCUUUCAGAUUACGUCUUUUGAUGGCAAAAAAGUGGCCAUUUUACAAGCGGAAAGCAGAAAGGACUGUGAAGAGUGGAUUGCAACCAUAAACAACAUUUCCAAGAGAAUAUACUUGAGUGAAAAUCCUGAGGAAAUUGCUGCAAGAGUUAACCAAUCUGCUCUGGAUGCUGUGACCCCUUCUCCAUCUUUCCAACAGAGGCAAGAUAGUUUGCGGUCAAGCAUGCAAAGUAAACCAAAAGUGGGACCUACAAACAGCCAGGCGUCCGCGUGCUUGGAGUCUAGUGCGCUGUCCUCUCUCUCACUGGACUCCCUGGUGGCUCCAGACAUGCCCAUCCAGUUUGACAUUAUCUCACCCGUAAGUGAGGAGCAUCCUGGAAUGGCCAAAAGCUCCACACAGGGCAGAAGGACUAAUCCAUUUGGUGAAUCGGGGAAUUCAGAGACGGAAGAUGGAGAGGAUUCCAUUCUGCACCAGCUUUUCAUUGUGCGCUUCUUGGGUUCCAUGGAAGUAAAGGCUACAGAGAACACAGACCUCAUCUACGAAACCAUGAGGCAGAUCUUGGCAGCGCGAGCUAUACACAACAUCUUCCGUAUGACGGAGUCACACCUGCUCGUCACCUGCGAAUACCUCAAAUUAAUUGAUCCUCAGACUCAAGUAACUAGACUGCAGUUUCCCUUGUCCAGUGUGGUGCUGUGUGCAUCUCAUCAAGAAAACAAGCGGUUGUUUGGCUUCAUACUUGAGACAGCUGGAGGGAAAGCAGAUGGACAAGCAAACACAGUGUGUUACAUCUUUGAAUCAAAUAAUGAUGGAGAGAAGAUCUGUGACAGUGUGGGCUUGGCCAAGCAAAUUGCUUUCCAUUCAGAAAUGGACCGCAGAGCCACAGAGAAGCAGAAGGAGCUGGACAAAGCCAAAGAGAGACAGCAAGAAGAGCUCACCAAACAGAAACAGAUUGAAAAGCAGGACCUUGAAGAGCAGAGUCGCCUCAUUGCUGCCUCCAGCCGGCCCAACCCCACUGCAGCCGACGGACAGUUCUUGGUGCUUAGCAACAGCCCGUCCGAGGACAGCGACGCUGGCGAGGAGGGUCGGAAAAAGGGUGAAUCUGAGGCCUGAUGCUGUUUGUACAGUUUUCUGCUGCAAAGUGUCAUCUUGGUCACAGUCACAGUGAUGCCACCCUGCGAACGUGCCUCUGGCAGGAAAACGCAUUUAGGAUGACCAGAACCAGUAGCAAGCGAGGUCUCAGGCAGAGAAGGGAAUGAACACUUUGGAGGGCAUACAGAACUUUGUAUCAUGUUUUCCAUUUUUGUGGUUCUGUAUAUAAACCUCUUUAAUGAUGUCUGUGUAUGUAAAAAUAUACAAAUUAUACCUUUUACUUUUGUAAUAUGAACUGCAGUGCUUCAUGCAAUGGCAUACAGAUUUUUUAAACAGAUUUUUGUUUUGCUCUCUUUAAGACUACAUUUCUGUAAAGACAGAUAUUAUAUAGACAGACUAACAUUGUUAAUAAUAUUGUCAUGUUUGAGUUACUCUCUAAUCCACUCUAAUGAGUGUCAGCCUUUGAUUUUCCCUCCCAAAUAUAUUGUGCUACUUAAAUCACAAUUUAAUCACAAUUUAAUUCAAACUUGCCAGAGAGACUGCCAAUAUAUUGCAGAAACGAUAUGGUGAUCUAAUCACUAUUACAGUUGUUAGCAAAGAGGGCUCAACAGUGUUGUGCUUGUGUUGUCUUGUGCUAAACUUUUGUUUUAUGCUUAUGAGUGUCUGCUUGAUUUACUGAACACUAGAAAAAAAUGAAAAUAAAUUUUAAGGUUACUAAA